AUGGAGAAUAAUUCGAGUGACAAUAUUGACAAUGUUGUUAAUGAUUCUGUCAAUGUUGGUGACUGUUUUAUCCAUAUGAACAAUGAAGUUCAUGAUGGGUCUGCCCCUAUCAAUGAAGGUGUACUUAAAGAUGUUGGUUUUAGUAAAAGGUUUAACAAGAAGUCAAAGAAAAAGGUGGAAAAUAGAAAGGAUGUGCUGAAGGCUAAAAGAGCUCAUUCCAAGAAAAUCCCUACGCCUACAAAGGCAAAGAAGACACCAAAGAAGAUGAAGAAAUAUGUAAUUGUUAGUGAGAAAUCAUCUAGGAAGAAAAGGAAUGUUACUCAUCGUAGGAGAAUGGAUAUUUAA